UUUUGAAAAAAGAAUCUGAAUCUUAAUUUUUUUUUUUAAAUUGUGUGUAAUAUUUGUAUAACGAAACAAAAAAAUGUCGACGUCUAAAAAAUCUUCAACCCAACCCGAUUAUACGACUGAGGUUAAUAAAUUCAAAGAUGAUAUCAAAGAAAAAGCUGAAGAAUUGGUAUUGAAAACAUUUCCACGUAAAACUAUUGAAUUACAUCAACUGCUCGAGGGUCAACUAUUUAGUUUGAAAAAUUUGGAAAAAAUCCGACAUGAAAUAAAUAUACCGAUACCGGAAUAUCCAUAUGUAACACCGGUACAGGCAACACAGGUUUCCGUUGACAAUCAUCAUCAUGUGGAUGAUUCGGAAAAUUCAUCUGCAACCGAUUGUGAUUCAUCACCAACAGUACCACAGCAAACAAAUGGUCCUUCAAAGAAACGUAAAUAUCUUGUAUUGACUGAAGAUGAUCAUAUUGGUGACAAUGAACAUUCAUCAACCGGAACAAAGGCUGAAAAUAUGAAAAAUCAAUCAAAACCAACAGAUGGAUCACGUGUUCUUAUAUUACCGUAUGGUACUGUACGAUGUAAUAAACACAUUGUUGAAUUGAUCGAUAUCGUCAAACCGUUGGUACGGCAAUUGGUCGAGGAUACAAAUCUGUUGAAAAUGUGGGUCCUAUUUCUUAUUCCUCGUAUUGAAGAUGGUAACAAUUUUGGUGUAUCAAUUCAAGAAGAAGCAUUGACCGAAAUACGUACGGUUGAAGCGGAAGCUACCACUUAUUUUGAUCAAAUGUCUCGUUAUUUUCUUUCACGUGCACGGAUCAUAACAAAAAUUGCCAAAUAUCCACAUGUUGAUGAUUUUCGUCGUAAUGUUGCUGAAAUUGAUGAAAAAGAAUUCAUCUAUCUACGAUUAACGGUGGCCGAACUUCGUAAUCAUUAUGCAUCAUUACAUGAUAUUGUAACGAAAAAUCUGGAAAAAAUUAAAACACCACGAUCGAAUAAUCAAAAUCAUCAAUUCUAUUAACAGGAAAAAAAAAGAUUUUGUUUUUAAAAAAAAUAUAAUCAAACAUUAUUCACAUCAUUUGAAUUUUGGAAUUCAAUCACUAUAUAUGCAUAUAUAUUUUAAAAUUUGAAAUGUGUAAAAUUUCAUUUCUCAUCAUUAACCAAAAUUAAUGAG